AAAAAAUAGCUCCCUGCAUGUAUCAGAGAAACUUUCAUGUAUGCCUGGGGAGAUGUGUACACAGCUUGUCUCACUAAUUGUGGAAAAGUCAAACCAGUUGAAAAUAGUGAACUGGAGUUUUGUACCUCUGCCUGGAUAAAUCUCAGAAAUGUAAUGUUGAGCUUUUAAAAAAGUUAGUUGCAACAGGAUAAUACCAGCCCAUCACUGUUUGUAUAAAGCUUGAAAACAUAUGUAUGAUUUGUGAAAAUAAAAAGCAUGUAUGGGAAGCGGAGUUUGGUAGCCCAUCCCUGUAGUCAGUCCCAGCUGCUUGGGAGGUGGAGGCAGGAGGAUCACUUGAGUCUAGCCUGGGCUACAUAGUGAGACUCCAUGUCUUAAGUAGAUAGGUAAGUAGGUAGGUAAAUAGAUAUGAUCGAUUAGAUAGACAGACAGAUAGAUAGAUACAUAGAUAGCAUGUAUAGGAAUUAUAUACACCAGUGGUUUUCAGACUUUAGCAUGCAUCCAAAUCACCUAAAGGAUUUAUUAAAACACAGAUUUUCAUUUCUGAUUUAGUAGGUUUGGAGUGUGGACCCAAGAAUUUGCAUUUCUCCCAGGUUCCUGGACGAUGAUGCCACAGGUCUGGCGACCACAGUUUGAGAAUCUCUGAUGUCCACCGACUUGAAGAUAGAGAUCACUUCUUGGGAGGGGGUAGAAUUGGAUGGGGAGGAGUCCAGAGGGGCUUCGACUCUAUUUUUAAUAUUUAAUUUCUUUAAAAAAAGAUCUGAAAAAAUGAUGCAAUGUAACUUGACAAAGCUGGAUGAAUGCUUAUGAUUUUUUUAAAUUUUUCUCUGUGUGUGAAACAGAAAAACGAUACUGUUUGCUGUGUAAUCGUGAGAAUGGGCUGCAAGAGAGGAAAAACUGGGUGUCUGCUUGGGAAUCUCUUGCGGAAACCCAGGUGAGAGGUGCUGCUGGCUCACGGAGGGGAGUGGAGGCAGGGUGUUUCCAGACCAGUCCCUGGGCGCCAACUAGAGUAUGGACUGACCAGGUACCUGGAUGGAGACCUGAGCUGGAGAAGGAGAUGCGCUUGGAAAUUGCAGAGGCCGUCAACAUGGAAAAGCAGCCCCAGAACAAGAGGAGAGGCCUCGCUCCCCGAGAGGUGCCACCAGCCGUUGGGCUGCUGCUGAUCAUGGCCCUGAUGAAUACUCUGCUCUACCUCUGCCUCGACCACUUCUUCAUUGCUCCUCGACAAUCCAUUGUGGACCCCAGACACUGUCCCUAUGGUCACUUCAGGAUAGGACAGAUGAAAAACUGCUCACCUUGGCUGUCCUGUGAGGAGCUGAGAACAGAAGUGAGACAGCUAAAGCGUGUCGGGGAAGGAGCCGUGAAGAGAGUCUUUCUGUCUGAGUGGAAGGAGCACAAAGUUGCUCUCUCACGGCUUACCAGCCUGGAGAUGAAAGAUGAUUUCCUCCAUGGACUGCAGAUGCUGAAAUCUCUACAAGGCGCACAUGUUGUCACGCUGCUUGGCUAUUGUGAGGAUGACAACACUAUUCUUACUGAAUAUCACCCUCUAGGUUCCUUGAGUAACCUGGAAGAAACACUAAACCUUUCAAAGUACCAAAAUGUGAACACGUGGCAGCACAGGCUGCAGCUGGCCAUGGACUAUGUCAGCAUCAUUAAUUACCUGCACCACAGCCCCAUGGGCACACGGGUCAUGUGUGACUCCAAUGACCUGCCCAAGACACUGUCUCAGUAUCUGCUGACAAGCAACUUCAGCAUUUUGGCAAAUGACUUGGAUGCCUUACCCCUGGUGAACCACAGCUCUGGGACACUGGUGAAGUGCGGCCACAGGGAGCUGCAUGGGGAUUUUGUGGCUCCAGAGCAACUGUGGCCCUACGGAGAGGACAUGCCUUUCCGUGAUAAUCUCAUGCCCUCAUAUGACGAGAAAAUUGACAUUUGGAAGAUCCCAGACAUCUCCAGUUUCCUUCUGGGGCACAUUGAAGGGAGUGAUAUGGUCCGAUUCCAUUUGUUUGAUAUUCACAAAGCAUGCAAGAGCCAGACUCCCUCAGAAAGACCCACUGCCCAGGACGUUCUGGAGACCUACCAGAAGGUCUUGGAUACACUUAGAGAUGCUGUGAUGUCUCAGGCAAGAGAGAUGCUGUGAAAACCAGUCCAGCCAAUGAAGGUCAUAUAUCUAAUAAGGAAUUGAUAUCCAGUGUACAUGUAGAACUCCUGUAAUUCAACACAAAAACCAAACAGUCCAAUUAAUAAAUGGAGAAGAGAUUCAAAUGAACAUUUUUCUAAAGAACAACUCAAGCUCAAGAUUUCCCAGAUAACUUUUCUCUCUUCAAAAUCUGCUUCUGUGUUUCCUUAUCUGUAGGUGGCACAGCAUGCAUCUGAUUUCCCAAGCCAGAAACCUCAGAGUCAUUCUUGACUCCAGGAAGAAAUACUGAGUUUUUAAAAACUCAACUUAUUGAUUCAUUAUUUUAUAUAAUAAAAUGCAACAGUUUUAAGUGUAUAUUUCAAUGAGUUUUGAUACAUUUAUGUACUUGUGUCACUAUCCCCAUAGAUAAAGAGACAAAGCAUUUCUAUCACACCGGCAAUUUCCUAUGUGUCCCAUCCCAAUCAAUCCUUUCUUCUCUGCUGGCUCCAAGCAAUGACUCUUUCCUAUCUUUUUGGAAAGAUUAGAAUUUCUUUUCUAGAUUUCCAGUAAUGGAAUCAUACAGUGUCUAAGUCUAUUUGUGGUGCUAUAACAAAAUACCUGAGACUGGGUAAUUUAUAUAAAUUACAGGAAUUUAUUUCUCACAGUUCUGGAUGCUGAAAAGUUUAUGAUCAAGGUACUAGCAGGUUUGGUGUCUGAGGGCCCAGUUUCUUCUUUGAAGAUGGUGCUUUGAACACUGUCCUCACAUGCUAGAAGGGGCAGAUAGGCAAAAAAAAAAAAAAAAAAAAAAAAAAGAGAGCAAAUGCUGUGUGCAGCCCCUCUCAUAAAGGGCUUAAGCUCAUUCACCAGGGAAGAGCUCUCAUGACUUAAUCACCUCCAAAGGCCCCAUCUCUUAAUACUAUUGCAUUGGAGAUUAAGUUUCAACAUAAAUUUUGGAGGGACACAAAUACUCAAACUGUAGAAUAUAGUAGUGUAGUGUAGUAUAUAUUUUUUGUGUCUGUCUGCUUUUGUUCAGUGUAUGUUCUUGAGGUUCAUCUAUGUUGUUGCAUGUAUCAGUAGGUUAUAUCUAUUGGUGCAUAGUUAUUCCAUUGUAUGUCUGUACCACACUCUUCAUUUAUCUGCUGAUGGAUGUUGCAUUGUUUCCAGUUUUGGGAUAUUAUGAAUAAAACUGCUGUUAACCUUAAAAUAUAA